AUGAAUGGUGGGAGUCAGAGGCACUCUCUGUCACUAUCUGUUUGCGUGUUCACGCACUGGACACCAAACAACCCUGAACUAUCCGCUGCUUGGAGGAAUUUCGCGAGCUCUUGCCCACGAGGGUGCUGCACUCGGCUGAUCGUUUUCGAGGGGCUGCUGCAUCACACGUUGUGGUCUAAAUUUUUGUUUCCAAUUAUGAAUGGUGGGAGUCAGAGACACACUCUGUCACUAUCUGUUUGCGUGUUCACACACUGGACACCAAACAACCCUGAACUAUCCGCUGCUUGGAGGAAUUUCGCGAGCUCUUGCCCACGAGGGUGCUGCACUCGGCUGAUCGUUUUCGAGCGGCUGCUGCAUCACACGUUGUGGUCCAAAUUUUUGUUUCCAAUUAUGAAUGGUGGGAGUCAGAGACACACUCUGUCACUAUCUGUUUGCGUGUUCGUGCACUGGACACCAAACAACCCUGAACUAUCCGCUGCUUGGAGGAAUUUCGCGAGCUCUUGCCCACGAGGGUGCUGCACUCGGCUGAUCGUUUUCGAGCGGCUGCUGCAUCACACGUUGUGGUCCAAAUUUUUGUUUCCAAUUAUUAAUGGUGGGAGUCACAGACACUCUCUUUCAACAUCCUUUUGCGUGUUCACACACUGGACACCAAACAACCCUGAACUAUCCGCUGCUUGGAGGAAUUUCGCGAGCUCUUGCCCACGAGGGUGCUGCACUCGGCUGAUCGUUUUCGAGCGGCUGCUGCAUCACACGUUGUGGUCCAAAUUUUUGUUUCCAAUUAUGAAUGGUGGGAGUCAGAGACACACUCUGUCACUAUCUGUUUGCGUGUUCGUGCACUGGACACCAAACAACCCUGAACUAUCCGCUGCUUGGAGGAAUUUCGCGAGCUCUUGCCCACGAGGGUGCUGCACUCGGCUGAUCGUUUUCGAGCGGCUGCUGCAUCACACGUUGUGGUCCAAAUUUUUGUUUCCAAUUAUGAAUGGUGGGAGUCAGAGACACACUCUGUCACUAUCUGUUUGCGUGUUCACACACUGGACACCAAACAACCCUGAACUAUCCGCUGCUUGGAGGAAUUUCGCGAGCUCUUGCCCACGAGGGUGCUGCACUCGGCUGAUCGUUUUCGAGGGGCUGCUGCAUCACACGUUGUGGUCUAAAUUUUUGUUUCCAAUUAUGAAUGGUGGGAGUCAGAGGCACUCUCUGUCACUAUCUGUUUGCGUGUUCACACACUGGACACCAAACAACCCUGAAUUAUCCGCUGCUUGGAGGAAUUUCCCGAGCUCUUGCCCACACGGGUGCUGCAGUCGGCUGAUCGUUUUCGAGCGGUCGCUGCAUCACACGUUGUGGCCCAAAAUUUUUGUUUCCAAAUUAUGA